AUUGUGCAUUUUUACAACGCACCAUUGGACGUAAGCGGCACAAAGAUUCACAAGUCGGUAAUCGACGCUCUCGGUCGCACGGAUGCGGUAGAAUCCAUUACCAUCCUACCCAAAAAGCUGCCCGGAGCAAAAUGUUCGACUGGCUUAAUUGAAUUGAAGAGCGUCGAUUUGGCAGCGAAAGCAAUAAUGCUUUUGAAUCACAUGACGUUCGAGUCAUCAAGAUCGAGGUUUCCAUUUUUGACAAAACUGUGCUUCUCCAAAUGGUCUGAGAUCCGGCAGAAUUCCUCCAGCUCGUCUGGUCGUUUGCAGUUCAGAACUAUGUCCCGCACGCCAUGGCUUCACCACAGUUGUGAAUAUGACAUGUCCGCAACUGCAGAGUUUCCGGUGUCCCAGAUGACUCCAGUAUUGACCAAUGGUGAAUCUACUUGGACGCUCUGGCAUAUGACGGACCAGAAGACCAAAGCUGUUAAGCCCCCCACUGCCACCGGUAAUGCGACUGUUGAGCCGAUCGAGUCCGGAUCCGAUGGCUUAUUGAACGUGAUACAGAAUCAGUUGUGCUUCAACAAAGAUGAACAGGGUGACGUUCUACUUGACCCAAACGUAGGGCUCGACGCCGUAGACAUUGUGCAAACGGCGCAGGGUGGACCGUUGGGCGAUGCGUAAGCGUAAAUGAAGUUAGAACCGUUGCCUAUUUCGAUUAGCCCCAAAAAAAUGUUUUCUGAUUUUUUUGUGUUUUCUAAUUUGCAACAGUUAGCAACGUCGAUGACAAUAAUUUCCAAUGCAUUAGUUACGGCGUUUAAAACAAAAUUAAGUUCGAAUUGCAUAAAUUUGGCACCGCUAAUUUGAUUCUAUUCAGUAGAAUAAAAUAAUAACCAAGGUAAACUUGAUGCUCAACCGAUAAUCUUAAAAUUUUUCUUUGAUUUUAUAAUUUUAUCGAUUAUUUUCACUUGUAGUUGAUUUCAUAACGACUACUUUAUUCAAAUAAAUUAACUGAGUGCGCAAAUUAUUUUAUGGAUUACAAAUAUUUGUAGAAUAAUUCGUCCAACUUACAAUACAUCGAAUAAUUUAAAGAAAACAAAUAUUUACUUUUCA